AUGCGCAUCUAUUUCGAGGAAGCCAUCACACCGCUUGUUCAGCCGCACUGGCAGUUAUCGACGGUCGCUUUGCCCGUGCUCGUUUCGAUGGACUUGACGGCUGUCUCUGGGCUUUCUUCACAGUGGAUACCCAGCUAUUUCCCAAGUCUCCGACGCCUUUCGCUCUAUCGUCUCUCAAUUGAUGACACCAAUUUAUCCCUGUCACAACUGACGUCCUUGGAGCUGAACGAGAUCCACUUUCGCGCAAGGAGCCUCGCGUCACUUCUGGAUGUGCUGAAGACAUGCACUUCCUUGCGACAUUUCGUAUACGGGGAUACCGAUGAUACGCCAUUCAAGAAAUCCUCCGUCGCCGCAGGUUACAGAGUGUCACUACCACGCAUUCGACACUUCCUGAUAAUUGCAACUUCGGCAAAUAUAUCAAGCUUGCUCGCACACGUCCUACUAGCCAAGCAAACUCGUAUUUUGCUAAAGCCGAAGGACUUCCAUCCGCGGCAGGACGAGAACGACCACUUACCCGUGCUCAAUGCCAUCUUGCCGCGAGACGCAGCGUACUGGCCGGCUAUGAAGGAUGUUACUCAUAUAAUGGUGUGGUGGGAGGAGGGCGACGGUAUUACUGUCUACGCAGACGGGAAAAAUACGGAGUUCUGGGAGUCGCACCCGUGGAGGUCUCUUGACUACGAGAACUUGUCUGCCGAUGGGCUCUCCCCCGCACCGGCACUCUUCAUAGAACAUAUCAACAUACACUCAUCCAGCUUCCCUUCAUCCAUCAUGGGACCCCUUCUGGCCAUCGUAGAAGAGCUAGGCGAUCUCUUCCCUGCGUCUGCGAAGACCUUUGUCCUCCGUGGAUACGCGGAAGAGAUCUCUACGGAGACUUGGGCUCAAACCCUCGCCAGAUUCCCUGUUAUCGAGCACUUCGAACUCGUUGCGGAGGUAGAUGCAAUGUGCACCUUUCCUCUGGCGCUCAGGCCGACAUCGAGCGGGAUUCCUUGCCCUCGUCUGCGGGAGCUCGUGCUACGAUACGAAGCAGGCGCAGAGCGGGACAAUAGCAGCUGGCGGAUGCUGGACGACCUUCGUGUGGUAUUGCAGGAGCGCGUCGGCGGCGGCUCACGGCUGCAGUCUCUCAUCCUUCAAUUGGACCCUCCACCGGAAGUUGAGGUUUUCGAACUGUUCAGGCAGUCAACAUUGUUAACGGCUACCGGUCGGUGGCCACCCGACUUCGAGGACAUACAGAGGGAAUUGGCACUUCUUGUCGGGUCAUUGAAGAUCUCGUAUAGGGGACCAUAUGACGAGUGGAUUACCGUCGUGUAG